AUGAAUCCGCUAUCUACCGAUGAAAUGGAACGGUUCCAAAAACUGUCCAACGAGUUCGAGCCGGAUGUUCAGGGCCCACUUGUGUCGGCCAAGCAGUCGAGCAGCGCGAUUGCAAUGGAGUAUGCAAAUGCUGAUCCUACCUUCGCAACAAAGACUAGCGCACUGGCUGCGACGCACCCUUUUUCUCGUAUCAUGAAAGGUGAUGGGAAUUGUGGAUGGAGAGCGGUUGCGUUCGGAUAUUUCGAGAACCUCUUCAAUCUUAGGAACACUCUUCAAGUUCAGCGUGAAUUGCUCCGGAUCAAGUCGUUGAAUGUCCUUUUAGAUCAAGUUGGCCAGCAGGAGCAUCUGUAUGAGAUAUUCGUGGAUGAGACGGAGCAGGUAUUUUCGCAAAUCACCGAAGCAAUCCAGAAUGGGAUCCGCGAUGAUUCAUUUUUGGUGGACGCGUUCAACUCGGAAUACAACUCGAGCGCCAUCAUCACCCAUUUCAGACUUCUAACAAGUGCUUGGAUGAAACUCAACCCUCAUCGGUACCAAGCAUUUCUGUCCUUGCCCAUUGACCAGUACUGCGGAACGCGGAUAGAGACUGUUAGAACUGAGAUUGAUGAAGUUGGCCUUCAAGCUUUGGUCGACGGGGUAAUCGAGGGAUCCGAUUUCGCAGUAGAAAUCCUGUAUCUUGACCGCAGCGAAGGCGACGUGGUCACGCCUCACCUCUUGACGCCGAAUCGGCCCGUUGCUGGAACGAUCCGAUUGCUAUACCGCCCGGGUCACUAUGACCUUCUCUACCAGGCCGAGCCCACUGUGAACCUAGAACCGGUGGUCAAUUUUCAAUAUGCCAUGACCUCGAACUACUCGCCUUGGGACCAAAGCGCUCUCUCCUUCGAUGUUAACUCCAGUUUAAUGUCAAUUCCCAACCUGAUGAUGGAUCCCACGUUCGCACUCGCGCCUUCGCCAAUCCCCGCCGCUCCUCCAAGCCCAUACCCGGUCUCUUCUGCCCCAGAGAUUUAUCCACCCCCGUUGCAGACCCCAUCACCCGCACCCGUGGCCUCUCCGCCGCCCCCCUCCAUGUCGGCACCGCCGGCGCCACCGCCGAUGACUUCCUUGCCCAGUCGCUCGUCAGACGGGCCCCAAAUUCGCUUGAAUCCCUUGGUGAUGAAGCCCAAUUUGAGCCACUCACUUCCAGUUACCACACCGUUUAAGAACUCUCCAUACAACCAGGCCCACUUCCAAAACCAGGACUUCGAACCGAUCCACUAUGAGCCUAACGAGUCCCGCAGAUAA